CUUAUCUUAGUGCGCGCAAUUUAGACGGCUCAUCUACUAGGCAUUUAGACUCGUCUGCACGCGCGACGCACGCUUCUUACCAAGAAAAUUCCCCCGCUAAUUCAGGGGAGAGAGGCACGGAAGUUUUUGGAGGAGGGGUGAUGACCGGAAUCGGACUACAUUGUAUGUGUGUCAGACACGGCCGGCCGCGUUCCGAUGCGGCCUUGUUACCCCAACGUUUAUGUACCGUAUGCAUGCGUGUCUCACUGCUUUGGGAUGAUAUCGUAACAUCGUACGCUGAUGGAGGGGGAGAGAGAAUUCCAGACAUCACAUGGCCUUUUUUGCUUCAACAUCUCUUAUGGGAUGAUAUUGAUGUUCGCUCAAUUCAAUUCAGCGAGUUUUUACAUCAUUUCUCGUGGAGUUGACUAGAGACAUCGUUGCAAAGAAUCAAUUUGAAUACGAUUUCACGAAAUCACCAGGGGCCAGAGCAGGCGAAGAUGGACUCAGCAUAUUGGGAUAUCUUCCCCGACACAGAAGACGCCGAGGUUAUGGAGAGCGACGAGGGGGAUGAGGAAGUAGGCGAGGACAUCAACGCCUGUUCGCCAGACAUCAAGGUCCCCUGCGAGAAUUGUAGACGCAAAAGACGCUCGUCAUGUAAACGAUGCCGCGAGCGGCAGCGACAGCUCCAAGUCCAACACCAGUCAAGUCCUCACACCCAUCCUCGGAGAACGAGAAAAUCGUCUCUCGAAAUCGCAUGCUUUCCAGAUCGCUCCUCAUCCUCGUACUCAUCAUCAUCAUCUUCUUCCAAUCCAUCACAUCCCCUUCAUCCUUCACCACCAUCGCCUACCAUCCCGACCACGAAGCAGGACACAAUUCCAGAAGUCAUCCUUCAACAAUCCCCCGACGACUACUCCUCACCCGACACAACUACACAGAAAAACACACUCACCGUUCCUUCCGGAGGCCCAAGUUUUGCAGCAGUAUAUACCAACUCCCCGUCGUGGAUGUCGACGUAUACCUCGUCAACGUGCGCGACAACGUACACCACCACCCACGAACGCUCCCGCAGAGACGGACUCGGCAGCGGGGAGAAGGACGUCGGUGAUGGGUGGUUGGAUGUCAGGAGACGCCGGAGGCCGCCUUAUCCUAGACGGCCGCGGACGAUUGGGCGAUGGGAUGGGGAGGCAAGGUCGUCGAUGACUGCGGUGACGUCGUCGAGGAUGAGGUCUAGAUGGGGUGAGGAGACGGUGGAGGGGUGGGAUGAGGGUGAGAUGGAGAGCGGGAGUUAUUGUGUUGUUGAGGGGGCAAGGUGGGAGGAGCAGAGGUUCAUCACGUCUAGGAGGGCCGCGAAAGCGGUGGUUAUGGGUAUGGGGAAGAGUGGUGCGAGGAGGCAGGGGAGGGGGGAUUGGAGGGGUGUUGCUGGGCAUGGAGCCAAGAGGAGGACGAGGGCGGUUCCGUUAGUUGAUCCGCCUAAGCCGAAGGUUCUUUUCGAUUUGCUCACAAUGAGGAUGAAGAUAUCUACGACGGGAUCGAUGGAGGGAGGGAGAAGGGGGUUGCUGGGGUUGCCGUUUGUGGAAGGGAGAGGGCAUUCCCGGGCCGUGUUUGCGAUGGCGUAUGUGAGAGGGACGGCGCAUGUAAAGGGUCUUUGGGGGCUGUUGAGUGAUAGAUGCGACGACACUGGGGGUUUCUUGGGAUUUGACGCUAAUGUAGGGGUUUGGAGCGUUGUGUUGAGGUAUCUUGGAGAUAUACUUGGCUUCUCUAGGCGUGAACGGCAAGGUGAGGUGGAUUAGAAUGAUCAUCUGGAGGCGACUUUGGCUUAGCAUCGUCGAUACAUUCAUCGCAAGGUUUUUGGCCACUGUCUCUGAGAACUCGUGUAUUUGUCCAUCGAGAAUUUGACAGGUAUGAUGCCACCUUCCAUCAUAUCCCUGAUUCCAAUAUCCGUGAGACCAAUGCUUCUCAAUUACCAACACCAUGAA